AUGAAGUUGGCAUCUUUACUUGGUCUUUUGGCUGUCUUACAGAGCCCUUCUGUACGUGCCGCUUUUAUACACCCAGGCCUUUUGCAUACUGAAGCAGAUUUCACUCGUAUCAAAUCGCAUGUCAACAGCAAACAAACUCCUUGGAUCACGGGAUGGAACAAACUCGCUGCUCACGCUAGCACUUCAUAUACCCCUAGGCCGGUAGCAACGCUCUGUCGUGGAAGCUCAUCAGAUUGUACUGAGAACUAUCCGAACCUUUACAGGGACGCCUCUGCUGCAUACGUGAACGCCAUCUACUGGAAAGUCACUGGAGACACCAAAUACGCGGACAAUGCGGGCAAGAUUCUCGACGCCUGGAGCAGUACACUUACACAAAUAUGGGGUAGCAGCGACAAAUUCCUAGCAUCUGGUCUAUACGGGUAUCAGCUCGCCAACGCUGGAGAGAUUCUUCGUGGCUAUAGCGGCUGGAAAGGACUAGGUAACCUGGUCAACAUGCUGAAAACAGUUUUCUACCCUAUGAAUCACUCAUUCUUGACAAACCAUAAUGGUGCCAAGAUUGACCAUUACUGGGCUAACUGGGAUCUGUGCAACCUCGCUUCUAUGCAUGCUAUCGGUGUCCUGGCGGAUGAUUCGGCUCUAGUGAAUGAGGCUAUUACGUAUUUUAAAAGUGGUAGCGGAAAUGGUGCCAUUGACAAGUUCAUCUGGAAAUUAUACACCGAAGCAGGGUCUUCGAAGAGCUUGGGCCAAGGACAAGAAGCCGGAAGAGAUCAAGGUCAUGCGACACUUGACUUCGCGCUGGUUGGUAUAUUGGCGCAACAGAGCUAUAACCAAGGAAAUGACUUGUUCGGAUACCUCAGCAACAAAAUACUUGCCGGCUCGGAAUACAUGGCCAAAUACAAUCUUGGUCAUGAUGUCCCGUACACUACUUAUACCAACUCCGAUGUAACACAGUCGGUUAUUAGUACUGGCAGCCGCGGCACUAUCCGACCCAUGGGCGAGCUCCUUUAUGCGCAUUAUGGAGUGCUCAAAGGUCUUAAUGCUUCAUGGACUAAGGCAUACCGCGAUUUGGUGGUUUCUAACGGUGGCGGCGCAGAGGGCGGCGGCGGCGACUAUGGUUCCACCAGUGGUGGAUAUGACCAGCUGGGGUUUGGAACCGUGCUGUACCGACUGGAUGCGUAA